UUUAGACCACUGAAUAAACAAAGCAAAACGAUACGAUGUCAAUAAAGGAAGGAUCAUUGGUGGUACUUUUAUUUUUAUUCGGUGUUUCGGUGUGUUCACUGUCAACUCGCAAGCAAGAAGCUACUCAUAUGGAAUCCGAGAUACAUCAGAUGCCCCCUCGCCAGGAGAUUUUAUUAGGAGGAUGGUCAGAACGCAAUCCAGAAGAGGAUGAAAUACAGAAAUUGUUGCUAAAUGUUCUAACUAAAGUAAAUCAACAGUCAAACGAUGAGUACCAUUUGAUGCCGAUCAAAGUGGUGAAAGUUUCAUCGCAAGUUGUCGCCGGUAUGAGAUACAAGAUGGAUGUACAGGUUGCUCGGUCGGAAUGUAAAAAAAGUUCAAAAGGUCAAGUUGACCUGAAAACAUGUAAAAGAUUGGAAGGGCAUCCGGAUCAGGUUAUGACAUUAGACAUAUGGGAAAAACCAUGGGAGAACUUUUUGCAAGUCAAAAUUCUGGAAACAAAAGUACUUUCGUCAGUAUGAUUCUCUUUUAGUCCCACUUUAUAUCGCUAUCCCCAGUGUUUUCCCAGUAUUUUUGUUAUUUAGUUUUUACGACUUCUUUAACUACAUUGUAUAAUUUUGUAAUAAUUAAAGUCAUCUUAUUGAAGUAUAAAUAUUUGAAGUCAAUAAUGACAGUGUACUACCUAUUUUGCUACCACUACGCUGC